AUGGAAGAACAGGUGUUCAAAGGGGACCCGGACACCCCUCAUUCCAUCUCCUUCUCGGGCAGUGGAUUCCUCUCCUUCUACCAGGCCGGGGCUGUGGACGCCCUUCGGGACCUGGCCCCCCGGAUGCUGGAAACGGCCCAUCGCUUUGCCGGGACAUCAGCAGGUGCUGUGAUCGCGGCCCUGGCCAUCUGCGGGAUUGAAAUGGACGAGUACCUCCGAGUCCUCAAUGUGGGUGUGGCCGAGGUGAAGAAAUCCUUCCUGGGGCCCUUGUCCCCGUCCUGCAAGAUGGUGCCGAUGAUGAGGCAGUUUCUGUACCGGGUCCUACCUGAGGACUCCUACAAGGUCACCACGGGGAAGCUCCACGUGGCCCUCACCCGGCUCACGGAUGGAGAGAGUGUCGUGGUUUCAGAGUUUACAUCUAAGGAAGAACUCAUCGAGGCCCUGUACUGCAGCUGCUUUGUCCCUGUGUACUGCGGCCUCAUCCCCCCGACUUACCGUGGCGUGCGGUACAUCGAUGGGGGCUUCACGGGCAUGCAGCCCUGCUCCUUCUGGACUGACUCCAUCACCAUCUCCACCUUCAGCGGGCAACAGGACAUCUGUCCCCGGGACUGCCCCGCCAUCUUCCACGACUUCCGCAUAUUCAACUGCUCCUUCCAGUUCUCCCUGGAGAACAUCGCCAGGAUGACCCACGCCUUGUUCCCUCCAGACCUGGUGAUCCUGCAUGAUUACUACUACCGCGGGUACGAGGAUGUCGUUUUGUACUUGAGGCGGCUGAAUGCUGCGUACCUGAAUUCUCCCUCCAAGAGAGUGAUGUUCCCCCGCGUAGAGGUGUACUGCCAGAUAGAGCUCGCCCUCAGCAAUGAGUGCCCUGAACAUAGCCAACCAAACCUUCAAACAGAGCAGGCUAAUCGGGAAGAAUCUAUACAACUUCACACACAGUGGGCUCCGAAAGGGGAAGGAGGGGGUGGCCAUGGUCCACCUGUGUCCCCACCUGUGCAGACUCCUGAAUCUACAUGUGAGAGGCCUGUGGAGUCACCUGAUUCGCCGCCUGUCUCUUCAUGUGAGCAGUCGCCUGCAUUGCCACUUCCCUCUUCAUCAUCACAUCCUCCAACUGACUUGCCACCUGUAUCCCUCUCAGCUGUGCACUCGCCACCCAGCUCAACACCUGGGCUGUCGCCUGUAUCACCACAGCAGCAGGUACAACAAGCGACUGGAUCACCAUCCAGAUCCCCACCCUCCCGGUCCCCUGUGUCACCCAGGCCAUCCCUGGGGCCUUCGGCUGUGGGGGCACCUCAAACAUUGCCCCUAUGUUCUCCUUCGACAUCACCCGCACAGCCACCUGUGGAGGAUCUGGGCCCAGAGCAACCCCAAGCUGUAGCCCCCCUUGACUCUUCAAAUCCAAAAAGCGCCGUGCCUCUGGUUAAUGUGAAGGAAACCACCAGCAAGCCUCAUGCAACGGAGAGCCCUGCUGGAGACUCCAAGUGGGUGAACAAGGUAUUCAAGAAGAGCAAACAGAGGACAAGCGGCACCAGAAGGGGCUUCCCAAGACAUCCACGAUCCAAGAAACCUGGCAGCGAAGUGCAGUGA